CGUCGUCGCCGCGAGAGAUCACCUCCGCCGCGCACGCGAAAUCCGGCCGACGACGACGACGUGACGUCACGCGCCGCAGGCGAAGCAGCACGGUCCACCACCACCAGAUAUGCCGCCGCCCACCGCCCUUCUCCCCGGCCGCUCCGCCGCCCCGCGCCCUCCUCCUCCUCCUCCUCCGCCGCCGCAGCUUGCGUCCGCCGCGAGACUCUCUAGGAGGCCCCUCUUCAAUGCCGCCACCGCCGUCGUCGUCCGGUCCAGGAGCAAGGACGAGGCCAGCUUCACCGACCGCAUCCUCGACUACAUCGAAGGGGGUCCAAAGUUGAGGCGGUGGUAUGGAGCGCCCGAUUUGCUUCCCAAGGAUGGGAGUGCUGAGGAUGGGGAGGAUGAGCCUUCAGAUAUCGAGGAGCCUCGAGAUGCUGUGCUAGUCACCAAUGGCGAUAGCGAGAUUGGACAGAUGGUGAUAUUAUCAUUAAUCCUGAAAAGGGCCAGAAUAAAAGCAUUAGUGAAGGACAGGCGAUCCACUGAAGAAGCAUUUGGAACUUACGUGGAGUGCAUGGUUGGUAAUAUGGAAGAUAAGUCCUUCACAAAGAAAGCACUAAGGGGUGUUCGUGCUAUAAUUUGUCCAGCUGAUGAUGGUUUCUUCUCUGACUUGGACCUCAAGGGUGUGCAACACAUUGUUCUGCUAUCCCAGCUCUCUGUCUACAGAGGUAGCGGUGGUCUCCAAGCUAUUAUGAACAGCAAACUGCGGAAACUUGCUGAGAGGGAUGAAGAAGUGGUUCUUGCAUCUGGGAUCCCAUCCACGAUAAUCAGGACUGGCUCGAUGCAAAGCACUCCUGGUGGUGAUAGAGGUUUCGAUUUUACAGAGGGUGCAGCAGCCAAGGGAAGAAUGAGCAAAGAAGAUGCUGCUACAAUCUGUGUGGAGGCCCUGGACUCCAUUCCCCAGACAACACUCAUUUUUGAGGUGGCCAAUGGUGACGAAAAGGUUACUGACUGGAAGGCAUGGUUUGCUGAGCGGACGAAAACGGUGACAAGUUAAGUAUGAUUGAAAUGCAGUAAUUUUUUUGUUGGGAAAGAAAGGAUUGCGGUAUUUCCACCACGAAGUCGUGUGGCAACGCAGUUGCGCUGAAUCUGAAGCUCAUUUUGGUUGUGGUUCUCUGAGUUUGCAUUCUGAACUCUGAAAUGGUGCUAUGUACAGACUCACCUCUCAAAACCUGUGAAUAUUAUGUAAAUCGCACACGGUCGAUCAUGGUACUUGUACUUGCCCAUUUAUUCAUGAGAGAUUGAAAACUUGUGCUACUGAA